AUGGUCGUCAACGGUAUACGGGAAGAGGUGGCACUGUUUGCCUUCAAAUCAUGGACUACUUCUUUGACCGCCAGUUUCUCCUUCGAUGCUCGUGGACAGGAACAGGACGAAAGUCUGCUGAUCAUGAACAAGUGCAGCAAAAGAUUCCGUUUUUUACCCGAUCCUUCGGCCGAAGAACCAACAAUUUCCGCUAUUUCACCGGAUAAAAUUCAAAAACAGGUGCUCAAAUAUGUAUCUGAAGAUCGCCACGAAAUGGCCAUGCUUCUAUGCACGGACGCUGUGGAUGAACUAGAGAGAACUUGUGGGCAUGCUCAUCCUAAUGUUGCGACCAUAUUGAGCACCUUAGCGCAAAUCUACCACGAUCAGUGCAACAAUAAGGAGGCUAGACGUCUAUUAAAAGACGUGCUAGCUAUCAGAGAGAAAACUCUCGGAGUUCAUCCUGAUGUCGUCGCAACUUUGCACAACCUCAAUACAUUGUACGAUAACUGUGGCAAUUCCCAGCAAGCAGAGAUAUUCUGUUCGAAAGCCUUGGAUAUACAAGUUCGUUUGGUGGGUGAAAAUCAUCCGGACGUAGCCAAUAACCUUCACGUGUUGGCAUUCCUGUGCCAAAAUCAGCAAAAAUUUGAAAAGGCAGGCUUUUACUACGAACGAGCGUUACAGAUUUAUGAAGCAGUUUUAAGGCCAGAUGACCCAAAUACGGACGCUACUCGGAACAAUUUGGCUAUAUGUUACGUAACCCAAGGCAAGUUCAAAGAUGCAGAGAUACUAUACAAAAUCGUGUUGACGAGGGUACAUGAACUAAAAUUCGGUCCUCUCACUGACGAUAACAAGACAAUAUGGCAGAUGGCAGAGCAGCGCGAGGUAGACAAGGGUAUAAGUCGUGACAACACUCCAUACAAUCUUUAUGGAAACUGGCACAGGAUCGACAUGGUAAACUCAUCCACGGUUCAGAAGACGUUGAGAAAACUUGGUACCUUGUACCGUAAACACGGGAAACAUGCAGCCGCCAGCACACUAACGAAUUGCCCUUCACGAAUGACAUUAGCUGACCAAGUCCCCCCAUCUGCAUAG